AUGAGCACCCUUGCGCUGCCUUCGAGCAGCUUACCGCCUUUGUUCACGCUCUCUAAACGCACCGAGGCGGAGGUUUUCAACGCGCUGCAUUACUUGGCGGCUAUUUACUGUCCUUUAUCGUUUCCUUUUUCGAAGGAGUUGGGGGAUGUGAAGCAUGCUUUUGCGGAGGUGGAUUCGGGAUAUACCUCUGGUAACGAAGAUGAUGAGGCGGAAUUGACGCCUGCGAGUAUUCGUGCGGAUGUUCAUGAGAAAUCUUUUUCUGAGCGCUGGUUGACGGGUUUUAUCUCGCGCGUUGAAAGUCUGGAGAUUUUCUCAUCGGAGGAAGAGAGUCAGCGGGCGCUGGAUCAGGCGGCGUAUAUUUUCGAGUCACUGUUCGCCAGUGCAUUGGACGAGGAUGACCAGAACUCGCCGUUUUUGAGAGAGUUUUCGUUUGAAAUGAACCUUCCUGGCAAGGAGAAGGAGCAAAUUUCUGUUCAGCUGAACGACGGACUCGCGGGAACGAACGAUACAGACUUUGAAGACGUUGGACUGCAAAGUUGGGGUGCCUCGAUCGUCUUUUCAGAUCUCAUGUGUACAGACCCCGAACGAUUCGGUCUGACAAAUCUUGAUUCUACGAAACACACUCACAUUAUCGAGCUUGGUGCAGGCACCGGACUCGUAAGCCUUGUUCUCGGAAAACUCAUUCCCGCCCUUGGCAUAACCGACUCCAAAAUCAUCGCAACAGAUUACCACCCAGCCGUUCUCUCCAAUCUCGAGUCCAACAUAUCCAUCAACUACACCUCACCCUCCCCGGUGCAAGCAUCACCCCUGGACUGGGCUGAUUUCUCCAACACCGCCCCCUUCGACAUCCCAGCAAACAUGCUCUUCGCCACAGACGUAGUAUACGCUCCCGAGCACGCACGCUGGCUACGCGAUUGCGCAACACGACUUCUUUCAGAUGAUGGUGUUUUCUGGUUGUUGGUUACGAUACGACCUAACGGCAAGUUUGCGGGUAUUGGGGAUACUGUUGAGGCUGCUUUUGCCGAGAGGGAGAGAUUGCGGGGGGCGGAUGGCAGGAUGUUGGAGAUUUUGGAGAGGCAGAAGUUGGAUAAGAGGAGUGGUGUUGGGAGGGGGGAUGAGAGUCAUUAUGAGCUUUUUAGAAUUGGUUGGGCAUAG